CCUACGUAGAAGCAACAUUUUUUAAACGGAUUAUUUUACAUUUAUAGAAAAUGGAAAGAUCCAGGAUGAACCGAGCAUCCAGCAGUAGGCUCUCUGAGCUCCCUCAAAGAGUUGAAAGCAACAGAAUGAGCAUGGUUUAUGCAACACCGCAGAGCAAGCAAUCCUUCGGAAAGUUGAACAUUCCUAAACCCCAGUCUGUCACAUCCGAGAGAAGAACCAGCUUUUUUGGUAGUCGGACCAGUGGGGCUGGCAUGGCUCGCAACAGCGCCUUUGGAGCCUUUGGAGGCGCAGAGAAGAUGAAGGAUCCCCGGCCCUUACACGAUAAGGCCUAUGUUCAGCAGUGCAUCAGACAGUUGUGUGAGUUUCUGUCAGAGAAGGGCUUUCCGGGUUCAAUGACAGUCAAGUCUCUCCAGUCGCCCUCCACCAAGGAGUUCCUAAAGAUCUUUGAGUUCAUCUACUGCCUCCUGGACCCAACCUUCCAGAUGCCCACCUCCAAAGUGGAGGAAGAGGUCCCCAGGAUUCUCAAAGACUUGGGGUAUCCAUUUGUUCUCUCCAAAAGUUCCAUGUACUCUGUGGGGGCACCACAUACAUGGCCACAGGUCUUGGGGGCAGUUGUCUGGCUCAUCGAUACUGUGAAGAUCUUUUGCUGUAUGAGUGAUCAGGACCUGCUCUUUGCUGAUUUCUCUGACGGAAGCACUGAGAUUGAGGACGGGGUGGCGUUCAACAAGCUCUUUCUGGACUACACUGCUGAAACCUACAACAAGUUCAUGCAAGGAGCAGAUUCCUUUGAUGAAGAGGAUGCGGAUUAUCUUGCUAAACUAAAGAGACUUUACAACGUUGACGAAGGGCUUCUCGCAUCCAUGGAGGAGAAGUACAGGAUGCUGAGUGAUGAGGUUGAGCGACUGGAGAAAGAAAGCCAAACGGACCGAUUGAUGGUCAAAAGAACAGAGAAAGUCAAACUUCAGACAGACCUGCAGAAGCUGCAGAGUUAUCGCAGUAACCUGGAGUCUUUCAAAGCCAACCUGGAGAACAAAGCCUCUGGAUUGGCCGAGGAGCUGGAAGCAUCGGGACUGCAAGUGGAGACCCUAAAACAGGAGGAGUCCCGGCUCCAACACAUCUUGUCCACCCAGAAGUUCACUCCCGCAGACAUUGAGAGGAUCAACUGGGAGAAGAGGGAGCUGCAGCAGACCAUCAACAGCCUGAGCAAGAGCCUGGAGCAGGCCGAGCAGCACAUGUGGAACGAGGAAAUCGCUCUGGCCAAGGCCAAGGAGACGGCCGAAGUGAAGCUGGCCGAGUACCACAAGCUUGCCCGCAAACUGAAGCUCAUCCCUGUGUCUGCCGAGAACGCGUGCGGCCACGACUUUGAGAUCAGGACCUCCACAGAAUACGGACCGUCCACCAUGGUUCAAUGCAGAACACAGAUUCAACAACUACUGAGGAAACUGAUCACUGAUGUGGACGAGGAGUGUAGUCGACUGACAGACAUGAAACUAAGCCUGGAGGAGUCCAUAGAACAGGUGAAUUCCAAUAUUUCAGAUAAAGCGAAUGACUUGAAACAACUGAGAGAGCAAAUCCGUAGGCUCGACGAGCAGCUCGAACAAGACAUGCAGGACAUUGCCCAUGAGGAGCAGAAGUGGUCUGCUGAGAUGGAGUCUGUGGAGACCCACCGCAAGCUGCUGGAGAAGAAGGUGACCCUGGGCUAUGACGAGUCUGUGGAGCAGCUGAAAGCUGCACAGCAACAGUACCAUCUUGUCCUGCAAGAAACCAAUGAGGAGCGGCGGACUGUGGUUAACAACCUUGCCAGUGUGUUAACCACGGCUGCCAACCACCUGUCCAUUGUAGAGAAAUUCUUAGAGGAUCAACACAAGCGAGUAGACAGGGUGUACACAGAAGCCUUCCGAGAGGACGAGGUGGACAUUCAGAAGAUGAAGGACAUUAUGGAGAGCUUCAUCACUAAAGUGAACAGCAUGUAGUUCCAUGCUUUACUAUAAAAGCUGACAUGAGCUCUAA